AUGGGACAUAAGGAGCAUAGACUAGAAAGUGUCAAAAAAAAGCGCAAAUACUGGGUGCGACCGAUAUUUCUAUUGGAAAGAAGACGAUUGCAGGGAGCAAGCGACAACUUGGUACUAGAAAUGCAAUUGAAUGAUCCAAUUAAGUAUUUGAAUUACUUUAGAAUGUCAUCUGAAACAUUUCAAAGACUGUUAGCAUUAGUUGGACCAAGUAUUACAAAACAGGAAUGUAUCAGGUAUCUAAUAUCUCCUCGUACUCGAUUGGAAGUCACUUUACGCUAUUUGGCAUCUGGAGACAGUAUGUCAUCAAUUUCAUAUGCAUUUAGAAUCGGUCAUAAUACAGUAUCCAAAAUAAUAGCAGAAACAUGCGAUCAAAUUUGGACCAUCUUGAAAGAAGAAAUAUUUUUGCAACCUAAUAAAACUAAUUGGCAGACAAUCGCUGAAAAAUUUAACGAACAGUGGAACUUUCCACAUUGCAUUGGAGCAAUAGACGGCAAACACAUUGUGAUACAGGCACCACCUAAUAGUGGCUCUUACUUUUACAACUACAAAGGUAACCGUAGCAUCAACUUGCUAGCCAUUAGUGACGCUAAGUAUCGCUUCACAAUUGUAGAUAUCGGAGCUCCUGGAAGGCAAAGUGAUUCAGGAGUUCUCACUAACAGUGGGCUGCUGAAUCUACUGGAAGAUAACAAAUUAAAAAUACCACGAAGCGUUUCCACUCAGAACUUAUAUGAUGAGGCCAUAUCCUCGAAGUGGAAAUUUGAAUAUAAGAAAGAAAAUUUUUAA